ACUGACACUGACGUCUAACUGGCAGCCAGCAGUAUCUGUCAAAUAAAUAUCGCCGGAUGAUAUGUCAUUUUUCGUUUCCAAUUUUUGCAGUGAUUUUGCAUUUAAUUACAGUGUUUAAUUAACGAGAAAGUACAUUUCUUACUAAUUUUAUAAUGUCUAUUUUGGCGUACAAUGGUGGUGCUGUGGUGGCAAUGCGAGGCCAAGACUGUGUGGCCAUCGCCACGGACAAGCGAUACGGUAUCCAGGCUCAGACCGUGUCCACUAACUUCCCUAAAGUGUAUCAAAUGGGCCCCACACUAUAUGUAGGUCUGCCAGGUCUUGCUACAGACACUCAAACUGUUUUCCAGAGAUUAAAAUUCAGAAUGAAUCUGUAUGAAUUAAAAGAAAACAGAGCAAUGCGUCCAAAGACAUUCUCUGCAAUGCUCUCCAACCUGUUGUACGAGAGGCGCUUCGGGCCCUACUUCAUUGAGCCUGUGAUCGCUGGACUGGAUCCCAUUGAUAACCAACCUUAUGUGUGCAAUAUGGAUCUGAUUGGCUGCCCAAAUGAGCCCGAGGACUUUGUGGUGUCUGGUACAUGUUCAGAGCAGCUGUAUGGUAUGUGUGAGGCGCUGUGGGAGCCCAACUUGAAGCCUGAUGAGCUGUUUGAAACAAUCUCACAGGCGCUGGUGAACGCAGCGGACCGCGACGCCAUCUCGGGCUGGGGCGCGGUGGUGUACAUCAUCGAGAAGGAUAAGAUUACAGAGAAACAUGUCAAGACGAGGAUGGAUUAGGGUCAUGUGUUGCUAUCAUCAAGUUUUUUAAUAAAAUUAUCAACUACCAA